AUGUCUUUGUGCUUAAGAUUUGGUGCCACAUCGCUCGUGGCGCCACCCACACUCGGCCUCGUGCUUCCCCGCCUACCUUCACUCAGGCUGCUUUUCCCACAAAAACCGCAAAUCUCGAUAGACCCCAGACUCGAAGAGUUGAAGAGACAGAUUGAAGAGGACGGAGAAGCACCUUUUAUAAUCGACAACGGCAUGAUUUUGAGAGCUGCUCCAAAAAAGAGAACGUCUCAUCGCAGAAGAAGAGAGAAAUUGUACGCCUCUGGCGACAAGAAGAUCAAGCCUUUGGAGAACUUGGUCAGAUGUCCAGCAUGUGGUCACGUCAAGCGUUCCCACUUCAUGUGCAUGCACUGUUUUGCCGAGAUCAAGACGUUUUUGAAGGAGAAGAAGAAGGCAUUGUUCCCUGAGCCCAAGAACCCCCAGCAGGACUUGGACCCUGUGGAUGAGAGACUCGUUUAUCCUGCCAGAAAGCUCAAGAGAGACGAGUUGGAGAUCAAGAAGAAGGACUGGGUUCCUCAGAGAGAGGAGCCUUUGAUGUACAGCAAAGAGCACACGCGGAAGAGGUACUAA